AUGCCUUCCCCCUUCCACACCGCCGUGCUCGGCUCUUCCAUCGUCUACCCUAACGCCGUCGCUUGGUCGGAGGAGAACCUGGUCGCGGUGGCCGGCGGCAACACCGUCACGAUCUUGAAUCCUGGCAAUCCUGGAGCUCGAGGCGUGAUUACCAUCCCUGUCAGCAAGCCUUUCCCCCUCGGUGUGGUCGAUGGCGAAGGGAGAGAUUUGCUAAAUGGGUGCACGCUACCGUGUAUCUUGGCGCGGGAUAAUCGUCCUUGUGUUAGGUCGAUUUCUUGGUCCCCGGUGGGCUUAGCCAACAAUGCCGGUUGUUUGCUUGCUGUUUGCACUACUGCGGGACGUGUGAAACUUUACCGCUUUCCUUUCUGUGAAUUUUCGGUGGAGUGGAUUGAGGUUUUGGACAUAUCAGAGUUGCUGUACAAUCAUUUCAAGAGUACCAAUUUUGGGGAUAAUCAAAUUGUGUCCACGGAAAUUUCAGAUGUGAUAGCAAGAAAAGAAGUUGUAGAUUAUGGAUGUGCGGAUGAGCCUCCUGUAUCUAGUUUAAGAAAGGGCCCUAAAAGAAAGAAACAGAAUGCAAUUAUUAUAGCUGAAUCAGAUUCAGACAACUUGAGAGAGACAAAUACACUGCAACUUGUUCCUGUCUCAUUCUAUAAAAGUCUAGAGAAAGUGACUGAUGACCGGAAUUUGCCUAUAUUAACCAAGCAGCAGUAUGCCUCCCGCAGUGAAAUGCUGAUGUCAAUUGCUAUUGCUUGGUCUCCAAUUCUGGGAACAUCUGGGAAUGGUGUUGCUUCUCCUCAAAACUCGUCCGAUUACUGCUCUGUUCUUGCUGUUGGAGGGAAGUGUGGAAGACUUUCAUUUUGGAGAAUCCAUGCACCCGAUUGCUAUGCAGUUGAUAACCCUAAGUACUCGAGUAAUGUAUUGCUUGUUGGCCUUCUUAAGGCACAUGAUGCUUGGAUCACGGCGAUUAAUUGGGCGAUAUGUGGCUGUAAUGAUGAGCCCCAGUUAAUAUUGGCCACUGGAAGUUCUGAUGGUAGUGUGAAGAUUUGGCUGGUGAAUGGUGAGGAACUACUGAAAUCAUCAGAAGUGAUCUACAAUUCCUUUACCCUAUUUAAGGAGGCCAUAGCGGUUGAUCAUGCAACAAUUUCCGUACUGUCGCUUACAAUACCCUCUCAAUCACCAUGGAGACUGUUCUUAGCUGUUGGCAAAGGUUCUGGGUCAUUUGAAGUGUGGAUCAUUGACAUGCUUACCUGCAAUUUCGAUAGAGUUGGCUGUUAUAGUGCACAUGAUCGAAUUGUUACUGGUUUAACCUGGGCUUUCAGUGGACGCUGUUUGUACAGCUGCGGCCAGGAGAACUCCGUGAAGAGCUGGAUGUUAGUUGAAAACUCUCUGUGUGAAGUCCCUAUUCCAUCAUAUUCUCCUGGUUUGAAGAGUUCCUGUGAUGUUCCUUAUGCUUUCGAUUCGUGCUUUGGUCUGACAGUAUCCCCUGGAAAUUUGGCAAUUGCAGUGGCUCGUGGAUUUGACAUUGAUCUAUUACAUCCUAUGUACCAGGGAAGAAGUCACAGAGCUGCCAUCGAAUUCUUUUGGAUCGGGGGGCAGCAACUGGACUCUUCUUUUGGUCGAGAUACAGAAAAUAAACCAUUUCCUGGAAUCCAGGAAAAAGAACUGGUUUGGUGGGAAAGGAACUUAUUGUGGUCUUUGGAUCAGUAUGCAGACUUCAAUAGGUUUUUGACCAUUUGGGAUAUUAUGACUGCUCUCUUGGCCUUCAAGCAGUCUUCAUCUGGGCACACAGAGUGUAUUCUACUGAAAUGGCUGACAUCUCACUUAAAGUCGCAGUUUGGUAAUUCCGUUGCAGCUUUGCCUGAACUGAUUAAGUGUCUUCCCAAGGUCUCUUCCCGUCAUUUGCACCUCAUCAACAUCAUUAGUAGGCGUGUUGUUCUUAAAGGAUAUAAAGCCGACAAUACGAGUGGCAAACAGCAAGAAUUAGAAAAUUUUGGUGUUACCAAGGAUGGCCAGGCGAAUAAAUGGAUGGAGUUUCUUUCGAGCUGCGAAAGUGAACUCUUGGAGAGGCUUGUCCGUUUUUGUUUUUCCACCAUGUUGAGUUGGCAAUCUAAUUCAUCAGUGGAGUUUUACCGAGUUGGUUGCUGGAGUCCUGAUGGAUUGGCGCAGAUGGAGCAAUGGGUUUCAAAAAGUGGGAAGAAUCUGAAGGAUCAUACCAAAUUUCUAGCUGCCGAAGUUGGAAAAGUUGAGAAAAGGAGAUUAAAAGACCUUUUUAGGUAUGAUGUGGAAGAGUGGUGCAAUUUCUGUUCAGCUGUUGUGCCAUUUGAAUCAAAAGACAAUGCAGUUUGCUCAGGAGUAAGCUAUGAUAAUGGGACCUGUCAAAAACAUAAGCUAAAAAGAUGCGCCAUAUCCAUGCAGAUACUCCCUACUAAACCCUCCUG